AUGAGUGGUUCAAAUCAGAGACCCGUUGAGAUAUCUGACAGCGACGAUGACUACAGUCCUUCGCUUGACCGAGCCGAACGGCGAUCAUCAGUGGUCCCAAGGUAUCGCCAGCCAACGGUAGCCUCUCAGCGCCGACAGUCCGACAGACGCACAACGCCAUCGACUGCACCUGGUGCCACGAAUCGUCACUACGCUUUUCUCAUAGAAUCGGACUCGGACGACGAGCCACUGGCGGAGGCUGUGCGACCAUACACAGGCAACGGCAAACAGCGGGCUACUAGUCAGGACGACACGCCUGGCAGACAGACUACUCGACGGGAUACGGAUCAGAUUCCUCCUUUGCGCAAGGCCUUCGACAUAUCACAUACGAGAGCUUCUUUCGCCACGGGUGGGACCGAUCAUCUCGCGCAGCAUUUAAAUCAAGGUGUCGCAUCUGACACGGAUUCCGUUCAAGAACUCCCCGAAUAUGCGCCAGGCCAUUCAUUUGGAGGCGACGGGGCCCUAUCGCGUAAGUCGAAGGUCCGCUCAACACCUGGACCUAGUACAAGUGUGCCGAUCAAGCGAAACCGAACCGAGACCGAAGAGCGGAGACCUUGGUACUAUGACACAACGCUCAAGAUCGAUAUGUACAACGGUCCUGGCUAUGAAAGAUUUCCCGUGGCUUUAGGCACAAUCGAGGGACAUAGCGAGAUCUGCAGAGCUUUCCAGGGCAGACUAGAUAAGAGAGCACGCCACGAGACCGACCCAAACCUCGAGAGGACCGAGAAGAUCAAGCAACGAGUGUUAGAGCAAGUCGAACAGGUCAUUCCAGACAUCUGUCAGACUUUCGUGGAGGGCCGUAUCGAUGCCUACGCCAUGCCAGCUGGUCAAUCCAACGACGAACUGGCGCACGUUAUCCUGAAUAGAAUUCUGGAAUUGGAUUCGUACCCGAAGCGUCCGAAGCAGAAGAUUGUGAAAGAGCAACCGGCAGCUGAUGGCACGGGCGUCACUAUACCGGUCAAAAAAGAAGCUCGCGACAACUAUUUCUAUCUCACAGAGGCCAUUCUUCUGCUUGCUGAGGAGUUCCCACACGUUCCUACACAUCAUAUCUCCAGAAUUGUUCGCGACAAGCGAGCGAUCUACGACUCGUAUCUUCACCUGCACGAAGCUGAGCAGAACUAUUAUCAAUCCGACAGAUCGACACGCCCCUAUCGGAGAUUGAAGCAGCAACGAACUCAGACCGAGAAGAAGUAUCAGCAAUCGCCAAACUUCACUCGCAAUCCAGACACAUAUGGGCAUUGGGUCAACGAAAUUGGAGCGGCCAAGCAGCAUAUCGAACGCGAAACUAUUCGAAGCACGCAGAAGGAGGCCAAAGAGAAGCAGGAGGUCGAUAACCUAGAGUUGCACCGCAAAAGUGGUGCGCUUGUUGACUGCCAGAUAUGUUUCGAUUCAGAGAUCCCGCUAAAUCGCACUGUGUCAUGUCUAGCUGACGAGGCGCAUCUUUUCUGCUACUCUUGCGUGAAUCAGCUCGCCGAAACCCAAGUCGGUGACAUGAAAUUCGAGAUGAAGUGUCAGCAUGGGGAUGGCUGUGAUGCCAACCUGGAUACUGAGGGGAUCGGCAAAGCUGUGUCACUCAAGACCAUGGAUCGCCUCGCGUUCAACCAGCAACAGGCUGAGAUCACGGCGGCCGGAAUCGAAGGCCUUGAGGAGUGUCCUCACUGCGACUUCAAGGCGAUCCUUGAUGCAGUGGAGACCAACCCAGUCUUCAAGUGCUUUAACCCGGACUGCGGGCGUUCUUCCUGUCGCACAUGCAAAGAGGACGAUCACACUCCACAAAGCUGCCAGGAGUUCAAGGCCGACCGCGGGCUAUCAGCUAGGCAUCUCGUUGAAGAGGCCAGAACAGCCAGUGUGCUCAGACCUUGUCCAAGGUGCAACGUCAAAAUCAUCAAAGAGCUUGGUUGCAACAAGAUGCUUUGCACAAAGUGCAACUGUCUGAUGUGCUACAUCUGCAAAAUCGACAUCACGAAAGUUGGGUACGACCACUUCAACAAACCUGGCAGUAAAUGCGCGCUCUACGACAACAAUACAGCAGCGCUUCACGAUGCGGAAGCUGACGCAGCUGAACUCGAUGCAAUCCGGAAGGCCAAAGCAGAGGACGGUGAUCUCGACGAGAAGAAGCUACAGAUUGAGACAGGCAAGCCAAAGAAAGUCGCGCCUCCGGCGGUUCAGCGUCCACUGAAUGUCGUGCCCCCACCAGUAGGUAAUCAGCUAGGUCGGAACGGUUUCGAUUGGGCUCAAUUUGAGCCAGACGCAGCGCAUAGGCAUCAGCUCGAUGCUCUUCUGGACGACGUGGACGCAUUUAACCGGAUUGAUUGGCAGCCCCGACCUGCUCCUGUGGUGAACCAACAAGCAGGGGGGAUGAAUCAGAUACGACAGCAGGCUCAACGAGUCGUGAACGGCCAACAAGCGAUGCCUCCGAUGAAUGCGGUCCCUCCUGCCGCUCCCAACGUACAGGGUCCAGGUCUCUUCGACAGGUUCAACGGAUUGUAUGCCGGGCCGCAGCGAGUCUAUCCUCCUCUGCCAGGUCCUCCUGCAGUACCGCCGCAACAUGGUCAGGGUCAGGUACCUGCAGCUGGUGGUUAUGAUAACGUUAAUCGUGUAAUGGGCUGGCUUGGAGGCAUGUGGAAUGAUCCCCGCCGGUAG